AUGCGUAAAACUCUUAGAGAGUCAGUGGUAAAGGUUAGGUGGGUGAGUGACAGAUUGAUGGUGAUUAAGUUAGUAGCUGGAGGAAGCACUCUGAAUGUCAUUAGCGCUUACGUGCCGCAAGCGGGCUUGGAUGAGGAGGAUAAAAGGCGCUUUUGGGAGGCAUUGGAUGAGGUGGUGCGGGGUAUUCCGCCUACGGAGAAGUUAUUUAUAGGAGGGGAUUUCAAUGGGCAUAUUGGUCGUCUGGUGAUGGCUAUGGAGGAGCAUUUGAUUACUUUCCGAAGUAUGGUGGCUAAGACUCAGAUCAGGAGGUGUGAUAAGGGGUUCUGUGAGGAUUGUAAGGUAAUCCCGAGUGAGAACCUCGCAACACAACAUAGGCUCCUGGUGAUGAACGUUGGUAUCUUGAUAAAGAGGAAGAGAAGGUUUGUACGGGGGCAACCGAGGAUCAGGUGGGGAGUCUUAACUAAGGAAAAUGUGCAGGAGAUAGAGGGAAGGUUGACGGCUAUGGGAUCCUGGAAGAGUGUUGGGGAUGCUAGCGUUAUGUGA